AUGUCGUUCUUUCACUGUUUCGAGUUUGAUGUGCUUGGACAUUCGGUGUCCCUCCCAGUGCCACUGAUGGUGAAUGUAGCUAUAUCGGUUGGGGCGUACUUUGCCGGCCGCAGCCUAAUACCGAAGAUGAAACCGAUGUUCAUUAAUGCGAAUCUGUACGGGAUCGAUAUGAAUAAGGCGUCCAAACCAAAGAUACCCGAAGCGUUCGGUGUGGUCACGGGAUGCAUAUUUCUAGUCUCACUGUUCCUGUUCAUACCGGUGCCUUUUCUGCGGAACUUUUCCACCACCAUCAAAGGCGACUUCCCACACGAUAAGUUUGUAGAAUUUAUCGCCGCAAUGCUCUCGAUCUGUUGCAUGAUUCUGCUCGGGUUCGCCGACGAUGUGCUUAAUUUACGGUGGCGUGAUAAGCUGUACCUACCGACGAUUGCCUCCCUUCCAUUGCUUAUGGUGUACUACACCAACUUUAAUUCUACCACCGUUAUACUACCGAAAAUGGUACGACCCCUGCUAGGCAGUUCGCUGGAUAUCGGUGUAAUUUACUACCUGUUUAUGGGAAUGUUGGCCGUGUUCUGUACGAAUGCGAUCAACAUUCUGGCUGGCAUAAAUGGGCUGGAGGUGUGCCAAUCGCUUAUCAUCGCUAGCUCGAUCGUGGUGUUUAAUGUGGUGGAAAUACUGAGCGGACACUACAGUGAUGCGCACGAAUUUUCCCUCUACAUUAUGCUGCCAUACAUCGGAGCUACGUUGGCGCUAUGGCGGUACAACAGAUAUCCUUCGCAGGUGUUUGUCGGCGAUACGUUCAACUAUCUUUCCGGCAUGACGUUCGCCGUAGUCGGCAUACUGGGCCACUUUAGCAAAACCGUACUGCUGUUCUUCAUCCCUCAGGUGCUAAAUUUCCUCUACUCCGUACCGCAGCUGUUCCGUUUCAUUCCCUGUCCACGCCACCGUAUGCCAAAGCAUGAUCCGGAGACGGAUCUACUUCACAUAAGUCGCACACAGUUUCGGGUGGAUGAGCUAAACGUACUGGGCCGACUUUGCUAUCAGGUGUUCCGACAGCUACGGCUUAUACGCUGUGAGGUGGAUCGCGAUGGAAAGACAGUCACGUGUAACAACUUUACGAUUAUCAAUUUCUGCAUUUUACUAACGGGGCCAAUAAGGGAGGAUCGGCUGAAUCGGUUGCUGGUUGCGUUUCAGCUCGUAUGUGCGGUGUUUGCGUUUACGAUACGGUAUCCGUUGGCACACUACUUUUACGAUACAAACUGAA